AUGUUACGAAAAUUGAAUCGUCUAGUUGCAAUUAGCGAAGCUGCAAAUGUUCGAAGUCGGCCAAAUGGUGAAUCUAAGGAUGAACAACUUGAAAAUAAAAUUCUAUUAUGUAAAGUCCAACAAAUAAUGUUGACAACCAAUAUAUGGACCAAAGCAGGCCUCGUAAAUGGGGCUCUAGGCGAAGUAGUCGACAUUGUGUAUGAAUAUGGCUCCAAGCCACCAGAUAUUCCAGCAUAUGUAAUAACAAGAAUUAAUAACUAUACUGGGCCAUCAUGGAACCCGACAUAUCCAAAACUUGUACCAAUAACUCCAAUAUCACUGGGAAACAGAAGACAAAUCCCGCUUAAGAUGGUGUGGGCUAUAACAGUCCACAAAUACCAAGGCUUAACACUCUAG